AUGCCCCCAUACCUAUUCCAAGACGCCCUCCGCGCCAGCCGGGGCCGCGGGGGCGGACUGGCAGACCUGGCGGCAGCCACUGCCAGGGGCGAAGCAGACAGCCUCGUCGCCAUGCACCAUCGCAUGCGAGAGCUCGAUGAUGCCCUGGGCCAGGCCGCGGCCGCCGACGCCGCAUUUGCCUUCGCGCCAGUCCCCAAUGGCGGCGGCGGCGGCGCGGCGGCCGCUGCGGCGCGGCACCCGCGCAUCUUUGGUCGCGGCCCCGCCGCCGCCGCCGCGGCGGCCCCGCAGGCUGCGCGGCGGGCGGGGCGUUACGAGCAGAGGAGCCACCUGUCGCAGCGGCAGAGGGGCGGCCAUCAACAGCAGCGCGCGAGCUUCAACAGCGGCGGGCGGCGCCGCUGA